AUGCCAUCAAGGUCUAGAGCUCUAGCGUCAUCGCCGUCUUUUUCCCUCACCAUCGCCAUCUUCUUCCCUCUCCGUCGUCCAUCGCUCGUCGCAAUGAAUCAGAUCAAGCAGGUCCAGCGCCUCAACGAGCGCGAACUCGAAAAGGUCGUCCCCUCCAAUGCCUCGUGGCACACCGACUACCGCGACACGGCCUACAUCUACGUCGGCGGCCUCAACCUCGACCUGUCCGAAGGAGACGUCAUCACAAUCUUCUCUCAAUAUGGCGAGCCCGUCUGGAUCCGUCUCAUGCGCGACAAGGAAACCGGCAAAAGCAAGGGCUUCUGCUGGCUGAAGUACGAAGACCAAAGGAGUUGCGAUCUGGCCGUCGACAAUCUCGGUGGUGCAACUGUCAUGGGCAGAAUGCUCGCCGUAGACCACACACGAUACAAGAAACGCGAUGAU